AUGCGACCCCUCUCUACCGUCUUGACGGUCGCGCUCGCCGUCUCCGGCGUAGCAACAAGCAGCUGGUUCCCUGGCACCAAGACUGUUUACAACAAAUGGCACGAAACCGAGCUCGAGCGCUGGCUCUCAGACAACAACAUCCCCUACCCAACCCCCGCCGAUCGCAAGGAUCUCGAGACCCUGGUGGGUAAGAACUGGAACGACUAUGUUGUGGCUCCGUACAACAGCUGGGACACUGUCCAGCUUAGCAAAUACUUGCAGGACAAGGGCAAACAGUCCCAGGCUGACGUCGAAUCUGCCAAGGACAGCCUUGUCGAGCAGGUCAAGAACAACUGGUAUGAAACCGAAGAGAAUUCCUACCAGGCCUGGAACAAUGUCAAGGAUUGGAUUCUCGAUACUUGGACCGACAGCCAGCUGAAGGCUUUCGCCGACAAGCAUAAUAUCCCUGUUCCUCAGCCCCGUCACCGUGAUACCCUUCUCCAGAAGUCUCGUCAGGCCUACGAAUCCACUGCCAAAAAGCUUGGAGAGGCUGCGCAGUACCCUGGAGACUGGCUGUAUCAGACCUGGACAGAAUCUGAGUUGAAGGAGUGGCUUGAUACGCAUGGAUUCCCCGCCCCUCAACCCACCAGCCGUGACAAGCUUGUCGCAUCUGUCCGUCGCAACUCACGUCUUGCUUACCUUAAAGCCCGAGACCAAGCCGCCAGCGCUACAGCCAGCGCCCAGGCUUCCUAUGCCACUUUGACUGACAUCAUUAUCGAUGCCUGGAGCGAGUCCCAGCUCAAGGCGUUCUGUGAUAAGAAUGCCAUUCCUGUUCCCCAGGGUACAAAGGCCAACGAACUGCGUGCUCUGGUUCGCAAGCACCGAGCUGCUAUCCUUGGCGAUACCGUUGCCUCCAGCGCCUCAUCAGCUUUUGGGGCUGCCACUUCCAAUGUUGGGAGCGAAUAUGCCAAGGCAACUGAUCGUGUCUACCUGGCAGCUGAGUCAGUCUUUGACGACGCUGUUGGUGUCUGGUCUGAAAGCCGCCUGAAGGCCUACCUUGAUGCUCGGGGCGUCCCAGUCCCUCAUGGCUCCACCACCGACGAGCUGCGGGCUUUGGUUCGAAAGAACACUCACAAGGCUGCUUCCGGAUGGAGCGCUUGGACUUUUGACGACUUCUCAUAUGACAACCUCAAGAACUAUCUUCGAAAGAACGGUGAUGCCGCGGCAAAGAAGGCCGCCGAGAAGAAGGAUGCCACUCGCGAUGAGCUUGUUAGCGCAGCCCAGUCUGCAUACGCCUCCGCUUCCACUGCUGGAGGUAACACAUAUGCCUCCGCUACUAGCUAUCUCGCAUCUGCCACCGAGGCUGCUAAGAGCAACGCGUUUGACACCUGGACUGAGUCUGAUCUCAAGGCAUACCUUGAUAGCUACGGUAUCCCCGUUCACCAAGGCACCAAGCUUGAGGAACUGAAGGCCAUGGCGCGCAAGCAAUCGACCUUUUUCAAGUACGGAACCUCCACGCCAUCUGAGACUCUUUUCGCUAAGGUCGAGGAGUCUGCUAAGGAGGGCUGGAACUGGGUUGCCAAACAACUCAAUCUUGGAGGCCAGACUGCCAAGGAGAAGGCAGCCGAGGCCGAGGAGAAGUUGAGGCAAGAGCUGUAA